CUUCUUUCCUUCUGAGGUAAAAGCUCGAAGACGAAUUACAAAGUGGGAUUCCGUACACGCGGGACCUUUUUCAAUGAUCCAAACCGUUCAUACGAUGGGCCACAGUGUCGAUGGGUGACAUCCAAAAAAUCUCCUAGGCUUUCAUUGUUCAAUUUUUGGUCAGUACUCAAACGGAUAUUCAGCGGAAAGUGUUAAUUUCGGACAAUAAUUAUGGAUGUUGAUUCAGAGCCCACCAUGGAGGAAACUAUCCUGGUCGGUGAGGACCUUAUGUUGGGGCCACCAUCUCCUCUUAUACCCCCAGAAAUUGCAUCUCAUGUCCUUGAAGGUGUUGAAAUAUGCGAUGGGAUUUUAAGGAAUCUUUUCCUAUGCUUGCAAAUCAACGAUAUUGAGCCAUUCUGUCAAGAUGAGAUUGCAUUGUACCGGCAAUGCGCUGAAAAACGGGACAAGGAAAUAAGGCAACGACUUCAAGACAGUGAGCAUAAAUUGGGGUUAUCAAUGCCCUUAGAUGAAGCCAAGGAUAGAGCUUCUCAACUUCAAUCAGAAAUCACUACAUUAGACAGGCGCAUGAUUCUUGCAAGUGGAAUUCAGGGCAUAGAAGGGUUUCGACAGCGAUGGAGUCUGCAUGGACGCCUUGAGGAUACCAAGAAGAGAUUAGAAUCCUUGAACCACGGUAUUGCGAAGAGGAAAAAGGAAGAAGAACAAGGAAGUUCUAACAGCAAGAGAUGGUUCUUUUGGUAGGCUUGCUGUUGAAGGAGAUGAACCAUUUCAUGCCAACAGCACAUGAACAGGAUUGGACCAUGAAGCCAUCACUGCCGUACAUGGAUGAGUAGAUUAUCCGAAAAUUAUCAUCACGCUUCGGUUGGAUUUGGCUCUCCCACAUGGGAAUGCCCAUAUAAGCUUAAUCCAUCUGUCAACGCAUUUGGGGUGAAUGGUAACAUUAGUAAAACGAAUGUUGGAAUGGCUACCAGAGAGAUGCAUUAUCAGGCAUUGCGAAAGAAUGCAUCUUGCAUGUGGAAUGAGAAUGGGCAGUUGCCUUUUAUGCACUUUUAGCCUAAUGCUGUUUGAGGGAGUCACCCUUCAUGUCCAUUCGGGAUACAUAAAAGUCUGCAACUGGCUAAAGUAGAGCAGUUCCAAUUUAUUAGACCUGGGAUUAUGGGUA